GGCACAUGGUCCAUACGUGCUCCAUGUGAGUGUGCCUGCUUCAGUCUUCGAGAGGUGUUUUGUUAAUGUGCGUUAGCUACAAUUCUUAAGGAUAUAGCUAUGCCACGACCGUCUGUAUGUUUGGCUUUAUCGACGUCCGAGAAAAAACAAACCGCCCAGAAACACAAACCGAGUCCCGAGUCCCCACAUGAAGUGACCUUUAAAAAGUCAAAAAUAAAAAGCCCCGUAACAAAAAGGGCGUCAAACGUGGAGGAAAAUGGCUCUGACGAUGAAGGGGACGCCUCGGAGAUGGAGAAGAACUUCGCUUUAUUGACUCAAAAGGUCUCUUUGCAAGCGCCACAGGACGAAAUAAGUGGAGGCGUCUCCGAUGAAGAUGUAACUGGCGAAAGGCACCAGGCGGUCUGUAGUAACACGAGUGGGUCAGAUGAAGAUGAAAACGUCUCCAAACCAGCGAGGGGACACGGAGUCGGUGACGAGUUAUGCCCAAAGGACGACUUUACAAAAGACCUGUCAGAGAUGUCCUUUGAGAAGGUUCUGCAGCUGCAAAACAAAAUGGGCACCAAGGCGUACAAAAAGAUUGCUUAUGGGACAAUGAAAAACAGGCAGACUGGGGAAACGGUGAAACAACUCAGUAAACACAGACCCCAAGAGAUUUCUGCCAAGAAGACAGUUCCUUUUCUCAGAAAAGUAGUGCCUGUUAAGAAAACAAUCUUGAGGGAUCCACGGUUUGAUGACCUAUCAGGGGAAUUCAAACCAGAAGUGUUCAACCAAACUUACAAAUUCAUCAAUGAAAUCAGACAGCGAGAAGCAGAGAUGGUGAAAAAAAAAAUGAAGAAAGUGAAGUCGAACAUUAAAAGAGAAGAACUGAAGUAUCUGCUUCAAAGGAUGGAGAACCAAGAGCGUGGGAGGCAAAGACAGGAGCAGUAUAGGCAGAAGGAUCUUCAGUUUAAGAGGAAACAGAGAGAGUUGGUGCAACAGGGGCACAGACCAUUCUACCUAAAGAAAUCUGAUAAGAAGAAACUGGAACUGGCUGAGAAGUACAGUCAACUGAAAAAGGGUGGGAAGCUGGAGAACUUCUUGAGCAAGAAACGGAAACGCAAUGCCAUCAAAGACCGCAGGAGGAUGCCCCAUCAGAAAAAAUGAUCUGGCAUCACUUCAGUUAACUGAAUGAACCAAUGCAUCUUUUAUUGGACUGCUUUAGAUGUGAUACAGGAGGACCUGCACACUAGACUGAUUAGGUUGUUUUGUGUCAUAAGGACCUUAGAUGUAGACUGUUCUUGGUAUAAAACUAUGAAUAUUGUAUUUUGUUUAUUUGCAUGUGUUCAAUGAUCAAUCAUGAACAUGGAAAAAAACGUAUUUUGCUUCAUUGAAAUUGUUUGGAUGUAUUUUGUUUCACUACUUUAAAGGUGGCACUAGAUGGA